AACCAGAUACUAAUUUUUUUUUGUUGUUGUUCUUUUCAUCUUCUGAUUUGUCAUUGAUUUCGUCAUAUAGGAAAAAACGAAUUCAUUCGAAUCAUUGAUUCAUAUACGUAUAGAUCGAUUUUGAUUUUUGUUUGAACAAAAAAAAAAAAAAAAAAAUCAUGACAAUGACAACAUUAUUGAUGCAUCAGAUUGAACCAUUUUUUGGUGGUGGUGGUGGUGGUGGUGUUGUCGUUGGUUCAACGGUAGCACAAUCUUCAUCAUCAUCGUCAUCGUCAUCGUCAUCAUCAUCGAAUCCGGUUGAUGAUCCAAUGGAUAGUUUUUCACCAACAUCCGCUAAUUUAACAUUUUCCGAUCAUUAUAGUAUCAUCAACGAUGAUCAUCAUCAUCAUGGAUUUACCACCAUUAUGAAUUAUGAUCAUUCAAUAGAUGAUAAUGAAAAUAAUAAUAAUAAUAAUAAUUAUCAUCAAUUAUCGAUGGCAACAACAACAACCUCAACGGAAGCAACAGCAGCAACUCCAAUAACAAAAUCGAUUAAUAUGGAAUCAGAUCCAAUCACCACAACAACCACUACCAUCAAUUGUCAUCAAUCAUUAUCAUCAUCAUCAUCAUUUUUGUUACCAUUUUCGAACAUUACUAUUAAUAAUAAUAAUCACAAUGAGAAUGUAAAUAAUGGCCAUUUCGACUUGCUAAAGUCACCUAUUCAUCAAAAUAGCCAUAAUCAAUGUCUUGUUGAAGAUCUUAUUGGCCAUAAUAAUAAUAAUAAUAAUCAAAAUGAAGAUGAUAAUAAUAAUAUUGUCAAUUGUAUACCAUGUAUUCUUGGUGAUUAUAAUAUUUCCAAUCAAAUCGAACAACAACAACAACAUUCACCAACAACAACAUCAUCAUCAUCAUACAUAAAUGGUCAAUCAUGGUCAAUAAAAUCACCGGAACAAUGGCAACCAAUUGAAGUAGCCGAAUGGAUACGAUAUUGGGCAUCAAGAAACAAUAUUCAAGAUAUUGAAAUUGCACAUUUACUUUAUAAUCAAAUGGCUGGAAUUGAGCUAUGUCAAAUGCAACGUGAAUAUUUCACCACUGUUUGUCCACAAUAUGGUGAUCUUAUCUAUGAUUCAUUACAAUCAUUGAUGGAACAAUUUCGCCAUGUUAAUCUAAACGCACAACAACAGCAACAACAACAAUUGAAUUCGAUUGAUAGUACCAAUUUUUUGGUAACCAAUCUAAAUUCCGAUUAUGCUCCACAACAACAACAAAAUCAUCAACAUCAUCAUCAUGAAACGAAUGACAUAUCAAACCAUCAUCAUCAUAAUCAUUUAUUACCAAUUCAUUUAGAUCUAUAUCAUAUGACAAUGAACAAUACACAUUUAGAUUCAACAACAAUAGCCACCACCAAUACAAACAAUGAUGAUUUAUUUGACGAUAAUAAUAAUCAACAGCAACAAUCAAAUCAUCAUCAUCAUAUUCAUCAUCAUCAAUUUAAUCAUCAACAACAACUUAAUCAUCAUAAUAAUAAUCCAUUCAAUGAUCCAAGUCCAAACUCUUAUGCAUUCGAUUCUGAUCGUGAAAGUAAUACUAGUAGUACAACUUAUAGCGAUCAUCAUCAUCAUAAUCAUAAUCAUAAUCAACAUGGACAUCAUCAUCAUCAAUAUCGUCAUCAUGAUCAACAACAACAACAAUUACAAAAAAUUCCCCUUGUUAUCGGUUCAUAUUAUUUACCAUCAGUACAGCAACCACAACAACAACUGCCAUCAGCAUCAUCAUCACCAUCAUCAUUAUCAUCAAAUUUGGCCAAUAAUAAUAAUAAUAAUGGACAUCAACAACCAAAUGGCCACGAGAUUCAUGUUAUUUUCAAAAGCAAUAAUAAUAAUGAUCACCACCAAUCGUCCAAUAUCGACAUUGACAUUGAUCAAACAUCGAAUGAUGAUGAAUUAGCCUUGAAACAACCACAUCAUCAUCAUCAUAAUCAUCAACAACAACAACAACAGCAGCAACAUUUAAAUUCUCACCAUCAAUAUACAAUGAGAGGCCAUCAUCAUCAGAAUAAUAAUUGUUCCAAUGCAAUUAAUAAUGGAAGGCGAGGACGGCCACCUAAAAAAGAGAAUAAAUCUCGAAGUAAAGGUAAUGGAAAAUUAUGGGAAUUUAUUCGUGAUCUUCUUCUGAAUCCGAUCACUAAUCCAAGUCUCAUACGUUGGGAAAGACAAGAAGAUGGUAUAUUUAAAUUCAUGCAAUCUGAUAAGGUGGCAAAAAUGUGGGGUGAACGUAAACAGAAUCCUCGUAUGACCUAUGAAAAAUUAAGCCGUGCAAUGAGAUAUUAUUAUAAAUCACAAGUAUUACUUCCAGUAUUUGGCCGUCGAUUAGUAUAUAAAUUUGGACCAAAUGCAACUGGUUGGAGGCCAAUAGAAUCAAUUAAUGAUGAUUUAGAUUAUUCACCAUCAUCACCAUCAACGACAACAAUUUGUGACAUAACACAUUUAGAUUUUGAUUCUAAAUAAUCAAAACAAUGGAAAAAAACUUUGAAACACACACACACACAUAGUUACAAAAUAAUCGGAUUUUUC